GAACCACGCUUUAUAUGGACAUACAUAGGCAAGUGAUGACAGUCUUGAUUUCUGGCGGGCGGAGGUACCAUAAAAUAAACCUCGGAAUACAUGAUUAUAUUGUGUUCUUUAUAUUGUGUACACUAAAAAAGAACUUACGCCUCUCAUAACUCUUGUGAUAUAUUCAACAGUGUUUUAAUCGGCUAUUGAGAUUUCACAGGCUAAAACCUUGUACUUUCGUCGCGACCAUGGAUCGGUGUCCGCUAUGUUUUGGAACCUUCCAGAAGCCAAAGCUUCUUCCGUGCCUGGACACCAUGUGUUUCACGUGCCUCGAUGAAUACGUGCUCAAGCAUGCGCGCGCAUCAGGGACAUUCCCGUGCCCGGUGUGUGGCUUGGAACUUCCGGUACCGGAUGGCGGCGUAUCCAAAUUUGACGACAACCAGCACAUCAAGGUGGAACAGACGCUCGAGCGCGCCCAGGCGGCACAUGGAGGUCAUGUUCCGUGCGAGGUGUGCGAAGAGAAGAAGGACGCCACACAGCGCUGCAUCGACUGCGAGCAGAACUUCUGUGGCGCCUGUAGUCGGGCACAUCUGCGCCUUAACGUGGCUCGUACCCACGCCCUUGUCAGUCUGGCAGGUCCAGAGGGAAGGCACUUCCUCAUGACGACUGGUUACUGCGAAAAACAUAAGAACGAGGAGCUGACGUUCUACUGCCGUACCUGUCAAUAUCCGGUGUGCAUGCGCUGUCGCCUGACCACGCACGAGGACCACACUACCGAGGAUCUCGUGGACUUUGCGUCGCGCACGAGACGAGAUCUCAAAGUCGCGUUGGACGAGAACAAGGGCUUCCGGUUCCACAUGCUGAACGAAAUCGAGGAGUUGCGAGUGUACGCCGAGAAAACGAACGAAGCUAAAAACGAAAUAACAAAGUUGGUGUCAGGAAGGCGGGAGCAGUUCCACAAAGCGAUAGAUCGGGUGUGUGACGCAAUGUUGAGUAAGCUUGAAACGGAAGUGGAGCGCGAACAGGAGCGCGUAGUCGAGGACAAGGACGCGGUGGAGCGGGACAUGCUGACUCUGUCGCAGAAGAUCGCCACAGCCAACCAAAUGGCAGACUUCGGCUCGGAUAUCGAGGUUGUUCGCUGCCGUCAGGACAUCAUCGGGAGCCUCAAACUGGCAAAGAAGGAAGUGCCUCUCAGUAUGACGGGCAUCAAACUCAACAUUGAGUUCACAUUCCAGACACAGGCGGAAAUGAGUCUGCGGUACCUAGUCGGACGUCUCUCCACCGACCUGACCCCGCCCCGCUACAUCUCCGUCAGCGAAGUGGCGACGUUCCGCGUUGAGAACACGUCUGACGUAAUCAACUCCAUCUGUCCCUCGAUGGAUGAUAAGUGCUGGGUGGCGUGCGGCUGGAAGUCCGAGGUGUUCUUAUUCGACAGGUUCGGGCAGCGCGUUCGAACCAAGUCUCUUGGUCGUGACGUUGAUUGCCUUGCGAUAGACUCGGACGGAAACGCGUAUGUGUCAUGUCGUGAGGAGCAUUCCGUCAAGAGAUUUGAUAGGAACUUCCGGCGUCGAAUGGCGACGUUGAACAUCGAGUACCCGCGCGGUAUAGCGACGACCAACGAUAAUAAGUUGGUGAUCUGCGUCAACAAGACUACUACAUAUUUUGACUAUGAUCCCAGCCACGAGAAUCGCGUCUUAAAACUGGGUCCUGACGGCGACGAGUCAAAGGAGCUGAAAAAUCCGGCCCUGUGCUUCAUGUACCCUAUCCGGGUGGCGGUGAACAUAAACGACGAACUCUGUGUGUCGGACAAUCUAAAGCACGCCGUGCUGUUCCUGCGCCCUAACGGCGAGCUGAAGUCGGUGUAUGACGGCUACCGGAAGACCGACGAUAUUACGCUUGUCAAGACGCCGACACGUGCUAACCUCAGAACGGCGCACUCGUCUACUUCCAGAACAGGUACAGUCAGUUUCAAGCUUCCGGAGAGCCGGAAAGAGCAGGACGGUCCGUUGGAGUCGACCCCUAAAUCUAUUAUGGACAAGAGCCACUUACAGUUGAACAACAGUCCCAAGACCGUGCAGGCGUCCGACCAGGCGCUUGCGCCCAUAAACUACAGUUACGAAAGCACCUUCGACAGCAGCGUAACCAUAGAGAGCACCGUCAAAAACGACGACGCGGAUGCCGGCAAGAACAAUGCACCUGUCCCUGCGUACAUCAAGGCGCUCAGCGGUAUGACGGGCGCAAUGGAGACUGCGAGCGUAACAGACGUCGACUCCGAGGAAGACUUCGCGCCCUACCUGCCACCCUUCGAUCCCCGGGGUAUCGCGUGCGACAAGUAUGGUCACGUGAUCGUCUGCGACUAUAGCAGCAACAUGGUUCACCUGCUGGACAAGCACGGCCGCUUUUUAAUGUACCUACUGACGGAGGCCGACGGCAUUUUUGGGCCCACUUCCGUCGCCGUCGAUAGGGCCGGGUUCUUGUGGGUUGGUGGCGGGGACGCCACCGUGAAGAUCUACAGAUACAUCGACUUUGAAAACAUUUGAUCCGAGAAAACGAAGUUUAAUGUAUUUUCGCUUUAAUUUUAUUUUUCGGUUAAAUGAAAGUCUGUCAUAAGCGAAAAUCCAGUUAAGGCGAAAAGUGUCGUACCCGAUUAACCUGAGCGUGCGGACUGCAUAUUUAUCCACAAAACUUAUAAUUAGUUACAAAAUGCAUAUUAGGGUAGUUACAAAAUACAUAUUAAGGAAACAAAAAUGAUAAUGUUGAUGAUGAUGAUGAUGAUGAUGAUGAUGAUUAUGAUGAUGAUGAUGAUGAUGAUGAUGAUGAUGAUGAUGAUGAUGAUGAUGAUGAUGAUGAUGAUGAUG